AUAGACAAUUACUAUUUAUGUCCGCCAUUCAUUCUUUUGAGUUGCUUUUUCGUUUUACGAUUCCCGAGAGCACGAUUUGUCAAUUGUCAUCGAGAUCUACGCAACACCAUCGCGUAAUUAAUUAACCUACGUAAAAGCAGUUGAAACAAUAAACUCCACGCGUUUAGGCAUCACAGCCACCAGUGUAGUGUAUCAGCCAUCUGACGUGAUCAUACCGUGAGAUUGUAUCUACCAGUGAUGCUUUUGCCUGCCUUUUACGUUAUCGGUUGCGACGUGAGUUCGAGUGCCUGAUGGUGUGGAAACUAUGUGCGAUUAACUUAAUAGUAAAAGAGGACUCAGUAUGGGGGCGUUUUUGAAUAAGCCCGAGACUAAGAAAUACAACGAGACCGGGGAAGGGAAUGGUCUUCGCUAUGGCGUGGCGUCGAUGCAGGGUUGGCGCGUUGAGAUGGAGGAUGCGCAUCACGCGCAGCUGACUCUGAAUGGUACUUUAUCGGACUGGUCUUAUUUCGCGGUGUUUGACGGGCAUGCAGGGGCACGGGUGUCUGCGCAUUGCGCGGACAAUCUCCUCGAAUGUAUCCUUCAGACGGACGAGUUCCGGCGCGAGGAUAUAGCCGAGGCGAUCCGCGCGGGCUUCCUGGACCUGGACAAGAAGAUGCGGGAGCUGCCGGAGCUGUCCAACGGCGAGGAGAAGUCUGGCUCGACGGCCGUGUGCGCGUUUGUGUCCCCCAAGCAGAUAUACAUAGCGAACUGCGGCGACUCCCGCGCAGUGCUCGCUCGCAACGGUGUGCCGAUCUUCGCGACACGAGACCACAAGCCGGAGCUACCGUCGGAGAAGUCGCGUAUCGUUCAGGCUGGUGGUUCAGUCAUGAUACAGCGUGUCAACGGGAGCUUAGCUGUGUCUAGGGCACUAGGCGACUAUGAGUACAAGAAGGUGGUGAACCGUGGCCCGUGCGAGCAGCUUGUGUCUCCUGAGCCUGAGGUUUCUGUUCACGAGCGGAAUGAGGUUGAGGAUGAGUUCUUGGUGCUGGCCUGCGACGGUGUGUGGGAUGUGAUGAGCAACGAGGCGCUGUGUGCAUACAUACACUCACUGCUUCAGCUGACGGAUGACCUUGUGGCUGUGACCAACCAGGUCAUUGACACCUGCCUGUAUAAGGGCAGCAAAGACAACAUGAGCAUCGUGCUGGUGGUGUUCCCCUCGGCGCCGAAGCCGAACCCCGAGGCCCAGCGUGCUGACCGAGAGCUGGACGAGACACUCCGACAGAGGCUCACAGCUUUGAUAGAGCGCAGCGCCGGUAACGAGGAGCGCGAGGACUCGUCGAGUCACUUCUCCUGGGUGCUGAAGCAGCUCGUGCAGGAGAACAUACCGGGCUUGCCGCCGGGCGGCGGGCUGGCUGCCAAGCAAUCGCUGCUGGACAAAAUAUACAGGGAGUUCUAUCCGGACCACAUCGACAGCUCGGAGACGUUCGACUGUCAGACGGAACUGGCCGACGCGUUCAGCGCUAACUAACGCAUAACAUUACGUUCUACACUAACUCACGGGACGAGCUCGCACACAGCCCGCCGCGACGCGACACCCGCGACAUCUGUGUCGCUGUCAAAUUACUAUUGUUUCGUUAGUUCGGUAAGUAACUUUAGGACACUUUGUUUUGUACUAGUGACACUCACUAAAUUAAUUGUAAUUUCAACAUAUCAAACCAAAGCUUAUUUUCAAAUAUAAGGAUCAGGGAUGAUAUAGAAUACGUUUUUAUUUUCGCUUUCCCAUCGUCAAAGAGUGUACUCGCCAAGUGUGCGGUUUCGUCCCAAAAUUAGCUGAAUACAUCAUACUAGAAUAAAUUAAAUGGAAUUCUAGUUACAUUACUUUAGAAUUUUGAACGUUGGUAACAUUUUAUUUUGUACAUAACUGUCUCGAAUGUUGGGUAAUGUAGUUGGAAUUUUGUUUGAUUCAGUCACUACUUGGUGCUUCGGCUGUGUUGACGCGUCGGUUCUAUUGUACCUGGGAGACCCCUUAUUGUAGUAGUAUGUAACUUUAUUUCUUGUAUUGACUAUAACACGCAGGUGACGUGUUCAGAGAAAACAUAAAUUAAGUUCUGUCUCUGGUCUAAUAAAAUUCCUCGUGUCUUUAUCGCGACAUCUCCUUCAAUGUAAGUGAACUGACUACUGAACAGAGCCGAAGCACGUUGGAAUCCUAAAAUGCAUAUUAUACUAUGUAAUACUCUUUAGGCUGUGGUACGGCCUUCAGAAUAAAUGUUUAUUAUAAUAAAACCUUCUUCGUUUCGCCUCACCACAGCCCCUCACUUGUAUCACACGGCACAAAAUUCAUUAUUUCCAGCCAUGUUAUACUGUAACCCAGCCGGAUUGAAUAUACCCAUCCCUAAGGAACUUUCAUUUGUAUAGCAAACAUUUAUUUUUGUCGCGUUACAAUUUUAUUUUGUGUAGCUUAGAUUAUUUUGUUUCGUGUUAACAUUGGCCAUUCGUGAAUGUCAUAAUAUUAGAUGUAUAAUAUUAGAUAUUCGAUUGGAUGUAAUAGUCUACGAUACAGUUCCCUUGUGUGAGCGGUUCAAUGUUUUACUUUAUGUUCUGGCGCUUAACAUUUUUGUUAAGGACUUGAUAUACAGAUUACCUAAACUUGCUUAGUGUCUAGAGAAAAUUAUUUGUCAGUAGCAAAAUUUUCUAAAUGUCAGUGUUGAGCUUGUAAUAGCAAAUUGAAAAUGGCCAGUCGGAUUUAGUGUAAUCUUAUGUUCCAUUUCACAUGAAAGCCUAAGUAAAAUUGGUUAAUAAUUUCUCAAUUCUAAUAAUAAAUAUCUAGUUUCAUUUUUGUACAUAUUUUUUUCUUUAUUACAACAUACAUAGUCAUUAUCCAAAACGUCAAAGUAACCUUUAUUGAUUUAAAAAAUAUAAACUAGAGUUAUUAAUCGGGAAUUGGAAUAUGGGGUAAUAUUAAUUGUUAGUUUUUUAUUUCUUAAAAAUUAUUGUACUUCGUUUCGUGUUACAGAAAGUAUGAAAUUAGAUUUAAUCGCUUUUUAAAAGUUACGCGUUAUCUAAAGAAAUAUUGGGUAUGCUUUUAAAUUUUUGCUUCGUACUUAGAUGAGGAACGUAACUAAUCAGUUGAUACGCGUAGUCUGUUGCCGUACAAUGUAACAAAUUAGACCGAAUUCCAUUUUGUCAUAUAUUGUUGUUACCAAAUUCUAUGUGUACUAUUCAUUUCUGAUAUUCACCUCUUGUAAAUAAAAGAGAAUAGAAAAAAUACUUUUGUACCUGUUUGUGCGGUUUAGCGUGUAACUAACUAAUUGUGAGGAGUUUAUCGUGUCAGCACUCGUGGAAAUACAUAUAACGUCAUCACAAUCCGCAUUCGUACGUCGUUUGUGUUGGUUUUAGUUGCCGCUUUGCGUUCUGUUGUAAAUCGCGAUGAUAAUGAUUACUUAUCUAUGUUUUAUUCUAAUGCGGUCUCAAAGUGAACGGCCGAAUUAAUAGUAACAUUAAGUAUGUCAUUGGAGUAUUUAAAAUUAAACAUGUUGUAUGUAUUUCCAGCGCCUGAUACAAUAAUGUAACUAAAUAGUUUUUACUGAACAAAAAUAUUUCAAAGGUUUUCAAAUGUGACGUAGGAGGCAUUGUUUUAGUACUUAUAUCUUACGAUUGAAGUAAUAACAACCUAAUAUUAUAAUAAUAUAUUAUGUUUCUAUUUACAAAUGGUACUUGACUACUCUUUCAACAAUGUCUUCUAGCCUUCGACCCUUUUGUAGUCGGGCCAGUUAUGAGAAUAGUACAUUUGUAAAUUCGAACGAUCUUAAUUGAAAAUUCAAACCAUAUCUAAAUUAGUUUAAUAUAUUACGAAAUAAAAAUACAGAAAAUGUUUCCUAGAUAUAAAAUAAUAAUCUAUUUUAUUGGUGGUAGCAAAGCUAUUGCGACUUUAUGAUUAUUUUAAUCUUGUGCAAGACAGCAGAAUACGUAUUAGUAAUAUUUUCCUUCCAUAUAUAGCGUGUAGUACAUUGUCAAGGACGUGGUCUCACUCCGCCCGCGCCGAAGUUCUCGGGCGAAUGAUAUGGUCGUGUUAUGCUGCCUUGCGUUAGUGAUUCGCUAUGACCCCAAAAUUGUCAUUUGAUAUUGCUUCCAUCAAAUUAUUUUCUAUAUUUUUACCAAAAUAUUUUUAUUACCCUUUUCAACCCAUUGUCGAGGUAAACGUUGCGUUCUUGUAUUGUCAUAUAAAUUGUGUUUUUUACUGUGUUUUAGAUUUGAAUGCCAAUUCAAAAUGUGCCUUUGAUGCUAGCUUAUCGAACGUCCCGUCGACACGGACGUUGGUGUCAUGGGCCCCCUCCUGUCCUCACGCGACGGUUGCGUUCCACUUGAUUAUCCAUUAUUUUCUUAAUUAAACCAAAUAUUAAUAUUAGACAGUGGGUUUUGAAUUGGAUUUUAAUGUCCAUCCGGGACGUGUGUCAUCUGUUGUUUUUUUUUAUUUGCUUUCGGACGAAAGUCGACGUCUCACAAAGUGUGUCUCGUUAUUAUCUAGUAGACGCUUGAACAAUAAAUACCUGUACCUUGACAA